GUAGGAGAAGUGAAAAUGAUGCUUGACAAAGAGAUAAAUCUUUUGGAGCAACUUGAGCUAAUCGAUUCCUUGCAAAGACUUGGAUUAUCUUAUCACUUUGAAAAUGAAAUCAAGACAAUUUUGGAUAGUAUAAGUGCUGAUCACAUCUAUGUUGCAUGGAAGAAAGAUAACUUACAUGCUAUAGCAAUUGAAUUUAGGCUCCUAAGGCAGCACGGCUAUAAAGUAACUCAAGAGGUUUUCUCUAAUUUCACGGACGAGAUGGGGAACUUUAAGGCAAGUCUUUGUGAGGAUUGCAAAGGGCUGCUUAACUUGUAUGAGGCUUCAUACCAUUUGGUAGAGGGUGAAAGCAUGUUGGAGAAGGCAAGAGAUUUCGCAGCUAAACGUCUCAAGGAAUAUCUGAAGCAGAACAAAGAUCCAUACCUUUCCUUACUUGUGGAGCAUGCUUUGGAACUUCCGCUACAUUGGAGGAUGCCACGGUUCGAAGCCAGGUUUUUCAUAGAUGUGUAUGAGAGACGAGAGGACAGAAAUCUCAUUCUUUUGGAGCUUGCUAACUUGGACUUCAAUAUAGUGCAAGCUGUGCACCAGGAUGAUCUAAAAUAUGCUUCAAAGUGGUGGACCGAUUUAGAUAUACGGAAAAAGCUGACCUUUGCCAGAGCUAGGUUGAUGGAGAACUUUUUAUUCGCUGUUGGCGAAGCAUCUGAUCCUCAGUUCGGGUAUUUUAGAAGAACGCAGACAAAGAUUAAUACAUUCAUAACGACUAUAGACGAUGUUUAUGAUGUGUAUGGUACAUUGGAUGAGUUAGAGCUCUUCACUGAAGCUGUUGAGAGAUGGGAUACCAAUGCAAUGCAGCUGCUUCCAGAAUAUAUGCAGAUAUGUUUCCUUGCUCUUUACAAUUUCACAAACGAAAUAGCUUUUGACGUCCUUAAGGGUAAAGGAUUUAACACCAUUCCUUUCCUGAAGAAAGCGUGGGCAGACUUGUGUAAAUCAUAUUUAUUGGAGGCAAAGUGGUAUUACAGUGGAUAUAAACCCACCCUGCAGGAGUACAUUGAUAAUGCAUGGAUUUCGAUUUCGGGUCCUGUGGUACUAUCACAUGCUUUUGUGUUAACAAAUUUAAAGACAAAGGAAUGCUUGGAAUCCUUCGAAGAAUACUCCAACAUAAUCUACUAUUUUUGUCUGAUUUGUCGACUUGUUAAUGAUCUUGAAACAUCAUCGGAUGAAUUAAAAAGAGGUGAUGUUUCUAAAUCAAUUCAAUGUUAUAUACACGAAACUGGAACUUCAGAAGAAGAAGCCCGACGACACAUACGAAAGUUGAUUGAUGCAACAUGGAGAAGGAUGAGCGAAGAGCAAAUUGCUGACUCUCCUUUUCCUCGACCAUUUAUUCAAAUUGCUGAGAUGUAUUUUACAUACAGUGACAAACUUUAUAUUUCAAAAUAA